AGGACCCAAAACAGAGCGAUGGCGCAGUUCCCACCGAGAGCGUGGCUCCUCUCGGCCGCCUUGGCCCUCGCCCUGCGCGCCGCCUUGGCCGGGGUACCCACUUUGCACCUCAGUGCCCAGGACAGCCCUUUGCUGGAGGGCAGCAACGUGACUCUGGAGUGCCUGACGGAUGAAGAAGGCGAGGAUCUCAGCGGAUUCUUUUUCCAGAAAUACAGCAAGUGGCUGCACAUGUGGAUCUCUUUGGACUCCGAGAGGCAGCUGCGCUGCUGGUUCUAUGAUGUCACCGUGAGCCAUGAAGACGGGCGCCUCCUCUUGAGCAUCAGUAACCUGCAGUCCUGGCACACCGGGCCCUACCGCUGUGCCAGCUCCAACGCCACCGGCAACGCUUCCGUCUCUGAAGCUCAGGACCUGCAAGUGGAAUAUCUCCACAACGUCUUCGUGACUCGUUCAAAUACCUGGUGUGGGACCAUCGGGGAGACCGUCACGGUGGUUGAAGGGGCCAACCUGGACCUUCUUUGUUCUGCAGAUGCCUCAAAAGACCCGAUCUACGAGUGGAGCAGGGAGGGGGAUGACUGGGUUGUGGUGUCCAAGUCCUUGACUCUCCCCAAGGUGAACCGGGAGCAGAUGGGAACCUACACUUGCCAGGCCAAGCAUCCCAGCUUGCCCCAGCUAACCAAAAGCAAGUCGGUGCAGGUGUUUGUGGAAGGCAUGGAGCGUAGCUUUACGCUUGAGUCUGUGCUGACUCGAAGCACACCCAUGUUAGCCUUGGCAGUGGCCUUGCCAGCGGUGGUGCUGCUCCUGGUGGUCCUUGUGUUUGCCGUCCUGAUCCGCCGCCAUCGGGCAGCUGCCAAGAAGAAAGCGGUCCCGGAAGAUUCCGGCCAACGGACUCCCAUCUACAAAGGCAGUCUGGAAUCUGUGCCUUCGGUGGUGAUGGGGGACACACACCCUCUGGUGAUGUAAGCGGGGUCUGCAGGAUGAAAGGAAGAUUUUGUUGUUGUUUUUCUCUUUGUGUCACUUUUAAGAUCCGGGUUCUUCUGAAACUCUGGGAUGGCGGUCUCAUCAAUACACAAGUGUGACUCCUUUUCAUGUGUACAUGCUGUUGGGUUAGAAGAGAAGAGAUCGGAGCUCUCAGGGUCAAAGGUGGGGGGGGGAGGUAGGAGGGGAUUAGAUGCCGUUGGCCUGCAAUUAGCAGCUUCACUUCGCAAGGGUGUGGGGGGGGGAAAACCCAAAUUAUUUUGUGCACAGGGGUCUUCCUUUUGACAGGGUCUGUCCUCACAAGUAUUAAUCCUUUCCUGUUCAGAUCGAGACAGCUUUUUUUUUUAGUGUUUGCUUGUGCAACUUUGCGGCAGGAAGCUCAAGGAGAGGGAGACAGGGGGUUUUCUUUGGCGGGAAAGAGGAAUCUCUUCACACUGGAAUGCACUUACUGUAUUUUUAUUUGGCUGGCGUUACGAGGAAAAUUGGUAUUAAAAGAGUUGAAAACUCUCCAAAA